AUGCAUAAACAAACGAUUGCUGAGAAAGAAACACAAAAGAAAAUCAGCCAGUUGGAGGAUGAAAGUCACCUUGCGUCUCAGAAAGCGAAAGCCGAUGCGGAAUUCUACAGAGCACAAAGAGAGGCUGAAGCUAAUCGUCUCCUGCUUACUCCGGAAUACCUGGAGCUAAGGCGAAUCGAAGCGGUCGCAAAGAACAACAAGAUCUUCUACGGACAAGAUAUUCCCAGCGUAUUCUUCCACUCAGAUGAGGUGGCUGCGAUGGCGCAAUCGGCGGCUCAGAAGAAACCGUCGAAGUAA